AUGGGCACGAACUCAAGUAGUAGAAGAAAUGGUAAUGCACAUGAAAAUAGAUCAAGCUUUUUCUUCACCGGGUUUCCUGAUUCACAUGGAGCUAAAGAGUUGUAUGAGACAUUUAAGGAAUACAGAGACAUUGAUGAAGUUGUGAUUCCUUCUAGACAUGACAAAAAUGGAAGGAGAUAUGGUUUCACAAGAUUUUUCAAUGUGGCUGAUGAGAGAAGAAUGGUUGUGAGGCUAGACAACAUCUUCAUCAAGAAUGUCAACCUCUUUGUCAAUAUACCAAGAUUUCAAAGAGACAAACAUGAUGACAAAAAACACGAAAAUGUCUGA